GAUCGACCCAGAUACCAGAGAUUCAAAAUGGCUGCCUCUAACAACAUUAGAGUACCGUUUCACGAAUAAAUGACGGAUCUGACCAAUUUGACAUUUUAUUAAGAAUUAUAUUUAGUGGUCAACAGUUUGCAAGAUGGACACAGACAGUGAACGAUUAAAGCAGCAAUUCCAAGCGCUACAAGAGCAGCAACAGAAGAAAGUGCUUCGGUUGAAACAACGAAAAAUAGAAAAGGACAAGAAAGAGAAAGUCAGUAAAGAAAAGGAGAAAUUGAACGGCUUAGCAGUGGUAGACGAUGAUUUGGGACUGAGUCUUGCUGAGCCAAUAAAGCCAGAGGUGAUGUAUAAUGAAGAGUUGGUUACGCACUUGAACUCACAGCUGAGGGAACUUAAGGAUGAAAAUGGCCGCCUUUACAAGCUACUGAGUGAGAGGGAUUAUGAAAUCAAAAAACUUAAGAAACAGAGAGAAGAUACCAAACUAGCAAUGACGGGCGGGGGAGUGGCAAGCGAGACUGCUGCUACGAAGAUAGUCGACCUCUCCAAAAAGAACCGCGACCUGACGGCUGAAGUGGAGAGCGAGAAAAACAAAUGCAGACAACUGCUGCGUAAAGUUAAUGAACUUGAACGAGAUCUUGUUGUUACGAAAAGACAAUUACCACUUGACGGGGAUAAUAAACACAAACAGAUGAGUGCUAAACAGUACGUGUUGGGAGACACAUUAGAAGAAAAGCCUGCAGUGGACCCAGCUGAACUAAAGUCGCUGCAAGAUAAAAUUUCAUCGGGCAAUCUAAAGAUGGCGGAAUAUCGAAACCAGCUGCAGCAGCUGAGGCAGGAGUUGAAGAUUGCCCACAAGGUCAUUGAAAAGGAAGUGGGUGAUAGCGUUAAUAUACAGUCGCUGCUGAACACCAAUGCGGGUGGCUGGAGAGGGCGUGCUCAACAGAUUACAAGUCUACAAAAUAAAGUUUCAGAGCUCCGUUCUCAGCUUGGACAGUUACAGACAAGGCCAGACACUGAGAUGAGUUUAGAAGAACAGUUCAUGACAAUGGGGACAACUCUGUCGCCGAGAUCCACAGCAGCUUCAUCUGGGUAUGAUGAUAAGAACAGAAGUAAAAUUAGACAAAUGGAAAAAGAAAGAAAAGAAGCUAAAGAGAGGGCAGCAGCUGAGUUGAAAGCCUUGGAAGAAGACUACAGUAAAAUGAAAGAAAAGUUUGAUGCAUCUAAAGCCAGAAAUAAAGUCUUAAGUAACGAACUAAAGAUGUUGAAGCAGCAAAUGUCAACACUGAUGGAGAAAGGAAAACACGAUGACGAACUCAUUGGUGCACUUAUGAAACAACAAACGCAAAUGAAACAGAUAAUCGAAGAGAACGCCCGGCUACAAGAGGAAUCUCAGACCCAGCAACACAGAGAAGUGCAGCAGCUACAGACGAAGAACAUACAGGAUAAAGGCGUGGUGGAGCAAUUGAAGAGAAUAGUCAGUGAGAAAGAACAAAAAGUGCGAGUGUUAGAGGAAGAAAUCACUCAACUCAAGUUAAAUGCUGGUCACAGUGAAAAUACGAGUGGCAAAUUGGAUGUUUAA